GUUUCUUUGAACUGCAGUUCUGAAAAUGUUUUCAUGUUCCUAGAGAAACAUUUUUUAAUACCUAAAAGACGAAUAUUUAAACAUUGUUUUAGAGCUAUAGCUCCAUUCGCUUGAGGCUUUUCCAAGCAAGAAACUCUCACCCGCCCUCAGAGGCGGGAUGCCAACUUGCGCACCAGGAGAAUCUGCUUCCAACGAAUCCUAGGGAGAACUGAUCCUGAAAGUUACAGCUUUAACUGGUUUCUGCCACCUUUUAAGCGCCUUUAGAACCAGCGGGAAGAAGCUGGAACUUUUCGGCCGCUCUGAGUCAGAGGCCAAUGGGGCGGGUUCGCCGUCCUCAGCCCCGCCUUGCUCCCCGAAUUCACCCGAACCUUCUUCCCGAGUCAGCGCGGUGCCUCCCAGCUGAGUCAGCCGGGCGGGCGGGGACCGACGCUCUCCACAGGCGGAGAAGGUGCAGGAAAGUUCGUGGCAGCGGGGGAGGGAGGAGGCAGGUCCCUCGCAAGCGGAUAAAAAGCCGGUGGAAGUGGAGCUGAGUAGCUCCCAGCUGUGCUACCUAGAGAAAAACAGAACUGCUGAGCAGCACCAACUUCCGCAGCCUCGUGCAUCAGACUUCUAUCCAACUCGUCCCAGAAGCUCGAGAAGUCACAGCCAUGUCCGCUCCAAGAGAAGUGGCGAUCGGCAUUGAUCUGGGCACCACGUACUCGUGCGUGGGUGUGUUCCAGCAGGGCCGGGUGGAGAUUCUUGCCAACGACCAGGGCAACCGCACUACUCCUAGCUACGUCGCCUUCACAGACACCGAGCGGCUGGUAGGCGACCCUGCCAAGAGUCAGGCAGCCUUGAACCCGCAGAACACGGUGUUCGAUGCCAAGAGGCUGAUAGGGCGCAAGUUCGCUGACGCUACUGUACAGUCGGACAUGAAGCACUGGCCCUUCCAGGUGGUGAGCGAGGGCGGCAAGCCCAAGGUGCGGGUGUCCUACCGCGGGGAAGACAAGGCAUUCUACCCCGAGGAGAUCUCGUCCAUGGUGCUGAGCAAGAUGAAGGAGACAGCUGAGGCGUACCUGGGACAGCCUGUGAAGCACGCUGUGAUCACGGUGCCUGCCUAUUUCAAUGACUCGCAGCGUCAGGCCACCAAGGACGCAGGUGUCAUCGCAGGGCUCAAUGUGCUUAGAAUUAUCAACGAGCCCACUGCAGCAGCCAUCGCGUAUGGGCUGGACCGGCGGGGUGCCGGAGAGCGCAAUGUGCUCAUUUUUGACCUGGGUGGAGGCACCUUCGACGUUUCUGUCCUCACUAUAGACUCAGGUGUCUUUGAAGUGAGAGCCACGGCUGGAGACACUCACCUGGGGGGAGAGGACUUCGACAACCGCCUGGUAACCCACUUCGUAGAGGAGUUCCAGCGGAAGCAUGGGAAGGAUGUGAGCGGGAACAAGAGGGCCCUUCGCAGAUUACGCACUGCCUGUGAGCGAGCCAAGCGCACCUUGUCCUCCAGCAACCAGGCCACCCUGGAGAUUGACUCUCUAUUCGAGGGUGUAGACUUCUACACAUCCAUCACUCGUGCCCGCUUUGAGGAACUGUGCUCCGAUCUCUUCCGCAGUACCCUGGAGCCUGUGGAGAAGGCCCUGCGGGAUGCCAAGGUAGACAAGGCCCAAAUCCAUGAUGUCAUCCUGGUGGGUGGUUCCACCCGCAUCCCUAAGGUGCAGAAGCUGCUGCAGGAUUUCUUCAAUGGCAGGGAACUGAACAAGAGUAUCAACCCUGAUGAGGCCGUAGCCUAUGGGGCUGCUGUGCAGGCAGCUGUGUUGAUGGGGGACACGUGUGAGAAAGUGCAGGAUCUCCUACUACUCGAUGUGGCUCCCCUGUCCCUGGGGCUGGAGACAGCAGGUGGUGUGAUGACUACACUAAUACAGAGGAAUGCCACUAUCCCUACCAAGCAGACCCAGACCUUCACCACCUACUCUGACAACCAACCUGGGGUCCUUAUCCAGGUGUAUGAGGGUGAGAGGGCCAUGACCAGGGACAACAACCUAUUGGGGUGUUUUGAACUCAGUGGCAUCCUUCCUGCACCACGUGGAGUCCCACAGAUUGAAGUGACCUUUGACAUUGAUGCCAAUGGCAUCUUGAGUGUGACAGCCACUGACAAGAGCACAGGCAAAGCUAACAAAAUCACUAUCACCAAUGACAAGGGCCGACUGAGCAAGGAGGAGGUGGAGAGGAUGGUUCAUGAGGCAGAACAGUACAAGGCUGAGGAUGAAGCUCAGAGGGACAGGGUGGCUGCCAAAAACUCCUUGGAGGCCUAUGUCUUCCAUGUAAAGGGUUCCUUACAAGAGGAAAGGCUUAGGGACAAGAUCCCUGAAGACAACAGGCACAAAGUUCAAGGCAAGUGUCAGGAAGUCCUUGCCUGGUUGGAGCACAACCAGUUGGCAGAGAAGGAAGAAUAUGAGCAUCAGAAGAGGGAGCUGGAGCAAAUUUGUCGCCCCAUCUUCUCUAGGCUUUAUGGGGGACCUGAUGUCCCUGGGGGCAGUAGUUGUGGGGCUCAAGCCCGCCAGGGGAGGCCCAACACUGGCCCCAUCAUUGAGGAGGUUGAUUGAAUGACCCCUAGUGAUAAAUCAGCUGUUACUGUAAAGACUGGGUUUUGGGGUCCUCUAGACUAUUUUCUAUGAUCUUGCCCUGGAACUUCAGGGGGUGAGGACUAUCUUCCCCCCUCAAACUGGGAACUUUCUUUUCAAUAUGUUUUAUAACUGAGGUCUUCAUCAUUUGACAUUUUUUUAAAAAUUCUCUUCUCCCAUUUCAAACAAGUGGAUGUCAUUUUUACUAACAUUUGUGUAACUCUUUAACUUUUCUUUCAUGUAUAGUUUGUGUAUUUUGUUACUUACAAAGAUUUUGUUAUGGGAACUAUAACUGUAGAUCUAAAUAAACUUUUAAAACUCC